AUGGAGCGUGAGAUCGUGGAAUUAAGGAACAAGGUUGAAGAACAAAACAAGCUUCUAGCACAGACCAACGGUGUACACCAGCUCAAUGGCACUCUCAAUGCGCAGAGCAAUGCCUACGCUGCCGACGCUGCCGCUGGCCUACUGGAUCUGAGAAGCGGACUAGACAAGAGUCCGGGUCGAGGGCAGGGAUACAAGAGGCUCGAAGAUGUCACCCUCGCUCCCGAACGGAUACGAGACUUGCAUCAACGCUUCUUCAGCUUCUACCACCCCUUUUUGCCUUUCCUGAACCCCGAAAGGACCCCAGACGAGUACUUUCAUCGAUCACCGUUACUGUUCUGGACCAUCAUGGCCGUUGGCGCGCGACACUAUAACCCCGACCAGGGUCUGUUCCAGACACUCAGUGGACCUUUGAUGCGAUUAGUAUGGCAGACUGUCGGCGAGGUGCCACAGAAUUAUCAUGUGGUGAAAGCACUGAUUUUGUUGUGUGCUUGGCCAAUGCCCACUAGCAGCACAUCCACGGAUCCCACAUGGAUGCUCUGUGGCCUGAUGAUGCAGAUUGCUGUUCAGAUUGGACUGCAUCGCCCGAGCCACGCCCAAGACUUUUCCAAGUUCCGAAUCGAGCUUCGAGAGGUCGAGUUACAAGACCGAGUUGUGGUAUGGAGCGUGUGUAAUAUCGUGGCACAGCGCAUCUGCACCGUAUAUGGUCAUCCCCCUCUCACCAUCUACGACUGGACCCUCGGACCAAAGCCCAUCGAGAGCAAUCCAAAUUACGAGCUACCAGCUCCAGUGCUCAACCGGCUAUUGAUCGAGAAGUUUGUAGACAAGGUCUCGAAGCACCUGUAUAUGAACGCCAAUGAUCCAGUCGGGUUAGCUCCCGACAAAGACCGACACACCUAUGUGUCGUUGCUUUCGGACCAGCUGGCACACCUCGAGGACGACUUGCGAAAGGACAGCAGCCCGAUCACCAAGAUCUAUCUCAAGGCAGCCGUUCUGCACAUGAGGUUGAGCGCUUUCUUCUCACCCCCUUCGCUGCCGUCAUAUCGCGCGGAUUUACUGCAGCUGUACAAUGCCACCACCGAAUUUUUGGACGCGUGUCUGAGCCUCGAAAAUGAGAGCAGUGUGAGUCUGCCUUCGACCUACACCCAUGGGCUCUCCUUGUCCUAUGGAACAAACUAUAUUUUCCACAUGAUGCUUGCCGCAGGGUUUUCGUUACUCAAACUGAUGCACAACUUCUUGAGCGAGCAUGAGAUGGACACUCAGGGUGCCUCGACUCUAUUGCGACGAACUAUCUGGGCUCUGAGGAGUAUGAGCGCGAUAGACAACGACUUGGCGGAGAGAUUGGCCGAGGUGCUUCACCAAGUGUGGAAGAGCGGCCGUGUUCGCGCAGAGCCUAGCCAUAACAUUGGCGAUCAAAGUUACGACGAUAGUCUGCAGUUGAAAGUCAAGUGCCGAAUGUCAAUGUCGCUGGUGUUUGAUUCAGUCUGGCGCUGGCGCAAAAACUUCCAUUUCCAGGGUGGAAAGCCAUCUGAAGUCCGACGCCAGGAUCCAGCACUUCAAGUCGAGACCAGACCCGCUUCGCGAGUCGAGAUGCGUGAAGCUAAGUCUGAUAUGCAAGCACACGACCCGGCUAUAUCUGCGCCCAUGGUUCCAGGAAUGGCAGGAAUGUCAACCGGCAUGCUUGACGACUUCAGCACAGACUAUGGCGCAGCGGCCAACUACGAGGUGUUUGAUCCUUUGAACUGGAUGCUGGAUGGGAUCGUGGACUUUCCGUACAAUUUCAACAAUGGUGGUCAGGGUUUGGAUUUGGGCCCGGGAAUGUAG